CCUGGAAUCGCCAUCCUCCUCCUCCUCCUCUUGCUGCUGUGAGUGUGCACGGUGCGCACAGAGACACUCGGAGCCGAGAUGAAGGAUCGUACCCAGGAGCUUCGGGCUGCAAAGGACAGCGACGAUGAUGAUGAAGUCAGCGUUAAUGUGGACAGAGACCACUUCAUGGAUGAGUUCUUUGAACAGGUUGAAGAAAUCCGAGGCUUCAUAGACAAGAUCUCUGAGAACGUGGAAGAAGUUAAGCGAAAACACAGUGCAAUCCUCGCUGCGCCGAACCCGGAUGAAAAAACAAAGGAGGAAUUGGAAGAACUGAUGACAGAUAUUAAGAAGACAGCAAAUAAAGUUCGCUCCAAGUUAAAGAGUAUUGAACAGAGCAUAGAACAGGAGGAGGGUCAGAACAGAUCCUCAGCUGACUUAAGAAUACGCAAGACACAGCAUUCUACACUGUCCCGUAAAUUUGUAGAGGUGAUGUCUGAGUACAAUGGUACACAGACUGAUUACAGGGAGCGUUGCAAAGGACGAAUCCAGCGACAACUCGAAAUCACUGGCAGAACGACUACAAAUGAGGAGCUUGAAGACAUGCUGGAAAGUGGGAAUCCCGCUAUCUUCACAUCUGGGAUCAUAAUGGACUCAAAUAUAACAAAGCAGGCGCUGAAUGAGAUUGAGACACGACACCACGAGAUCAUCAAACUGGAAAACUGUAUCCGUGAGCUGCACGAUAUGUUCAUGGACAUGGCAAUGCUGGUAGAAAGCCAGGGUGAUGUGGUCAACAGCAUUGAGCAGAACGUCACCAAUGCAGCGGAUUAUGUCGAGCAGGCAAAGGACAGCACAAAAAAAGCAGUUAACUUUCAGGGUACAAGCAGACGGAAAAAGAUCUUUAUAGGAAUUUGCAUUGCAAUAGUACUGUUGGUUAUCAUCAUUGUUCUGGCUGUGUAUCUCAGUUAAUGCUCCAAAUCAACAGAAUCAUCCUGAUUGAAACUAAAGCUGGGCUUUUGUUCCACCAUCAUCAUGCAGCACUCUUGUGGAACGGAGAGACAGCAAGACAUCAUUACUGGGCAUUUCCAUUUUGUUUUGUCAAACAUCUAUCACGAGGUGAUGUUCGUAGCCACCGAGAUCAUUACUCAGAUUUCAGUUCCACCCUCCAGUCCGGACUUUUUGUUUUGGCAUCACUGUAAGCUGAAGAACAACAUCAGGACUCGUGCUGCUGUUUCUCCUCUAUUGUUUAUUGGUUAUUAUUCUUUGAGAAACAUUAUAAGAAUGAACGUCGCCUUAACAGGCCAUGGUUUCAUCAACUUACUGAUCGACUCUGAAUCCAGCUGACCUUCUGCUGUAAUCAGGUUUUUUAUCAUUUCUAAUCAAUCUCUUCCUUUGCUUCUCUCUUCUCUCCUCCUUUCUCCCCUUCUGUUUUCCUCAUCCUCCCUCCCUUUUUUCUCUUCCCUUCUGUCUCUCUCUUUCUCUCUCCCCAUCUCUCUCCAUUCCCUCUUAGAUUUAUCCCCUGAAUGUGUAAAAUCCACACAAUUCCAGUUAGAGAUACUUACCCCAACACAAAGAUAAAAUGCGCACUAAUACAGAUCAACGUGAAGAAGCUCCACUGAUGUGAAUAAUACAAACUGAGCUUCCAUUCCUACUGUUAUCCUCCUUCAAACAGAAACAAAGCAGGGUUAAAAAAUGCUACAGGGGAAGAACAGGGAGACGCAGUUAGAACAGAUACCUCCACAUGAAGGCUUACAAACACAUUGGGACAUUUAAUCUCCCCUUUUUUAAUAUUUUACAUUCCUAGAAAGACAAAAGGGUAAACCUGUAACUAGAGUCCUAGAGGUCUACAGCAUGGAAACAGGUCCUUUGGCCCAAUUUGCCCAUGCUGCCCAGUUUUCACAGUUAAAGUAGUCCCAUUUGCCUGAGUUUGGUCCAUACCCUCCAUACCAAUCCCAUCCAUGAACCUGUUUAAAUCUUUCUUAAAUGGCAAAAAUGUACUCGCUUCCACCAUUACC